AGAGCUGCCAAGCCGUAGCAGUAGUUCAUCGACGCGGUCACUCACUCCAUCUGCCUCCCUCUCCCCUCUUCUGCCAAACCGUGCCGGAGCUUUGCGGCAAAUCUCCUCUGCUUGUCCGCUUCCCCUUCUAUAUAAAAACCGCCGCGCUUGGCGGGGUGCCGGCGCUUUAACCGCCCCACUCCUCCCGCCAUAAAUGGCCACUUCCGCCCCCUCCACCUCACCUUCCCCGCCGCCGCCGGCGCAAGAGGUCCCCGCCGGCGGCGACCGGCGGCAGCCCCACCACCACCACCCGCUCCUCGCCGCCGCCGCCGCGGCAUCCCUCCUCGCCGUGCUCUACCUCCCCCGGCCGCUGCUGCUGUUCGUGCUCUCCCCCGCCUCGCUAUCCUCCCUGCUCCUCCUCCUCUCCCUCCUCCGCCUCGGCUCCGCGCCGCCGGCGUCCCCCGCUCCCGUCAACCCUCCUCCUACGUCGACGCAGCCGGAGGAGAAGCUGCCUCAGCAGCAGCUUCACGAGGCCGCGCACCCGCCUCUCCAGCCGCCUCCCCCACCUCCUUCUCCGCCGCCGCCGGAGCGGGAGAUCGUGUUCCCGGCGGAGGCCCUCGAGUUCGCGUCGUGGGUGGCCAAGGGGCGCGCCCUGGAGGUGAUCCACGAGGAGUUCGAGGCGGAGUGGGGGCGGCCGGAGGAGAUGGGCCUGUCCUGGGCCUCCGAUUCCGACCUCGACUCCGACUCCGACUCGGACAGCGUCGGCGGCGACAGCGACGACGACGGCGUCAUCGGCGGUGGGGGCGAGGGGGAGGACGGGAUGAUCGAGAUCUUGCUGGAGGAGGACAGCCUCAUCGAGAUCGACAUCUCCCGGUGCCGGUGACAGAAUCGACUGCCCCGGACGCGACACACACACGUUUCGCCACGUCCUUUUUUCUACUUGGGGAUUAAUUCUUGGUUUCACGGGCUUUUUUAACAAAACUUUUGCUGAUCGGGCGUGUGGAUUUGGAGUUCUUGAGUGCGUUUAUCUAGAUGGCUUGCCGCAAUGUACAUAUAGGAUGCUGAGGAGAUACUGAGAGUGAGAAGCUUUGCUGCUUUCCCUUUUUUCUCAAACGGAUUGCUUUGCUUAUUUGAGAUCAUGAUGAUGAUGAUAACUUAUUCAGAGCCUACA